AUGAAAGAGGCAUCAUAUGUUGAAGAGCUGAAAAUUCUUGAAGAUUUCAAAAACACCAAGAAUGAAUUGUAUGUUAAAGAAACAGGGAGAAGACGCAGAAAGGCCACUCCUGUUGUUCAAAAGGUUGAGGAAUCUUCUUCACAACCAAAGAAGAAGCAAAAGAAAGCUGCGAAAACGUCUUUGAUUGAUGAGCCUGAAGAAGAUGAACAAGUGGUAGCUGCGGAAGAAGAUCCGUUUAAUGUUGAAGAAAAUUUGUUAUUCGAUGCUGAAGUCUUAGAGACAGGGCCAACUGUGGAAGUUGAAGCUGAGCAUGUUGUGAAUGUUGAAGCUCAGAAAGGGAAAGAUAAAGUUAUUGAUGACAUUGAGGGAGAUGAUGUGGAUAAAGAUACUACAAGCUCCUCGAGUUCUUCAAAAGAGGAAGUUGAUGAAACUGAACGAUUACGAAGAAUUCAGGAAGCUACAAAACAAGAAAAAUUGUUGAAAAAGAGAAAGAGACAGGAAAAGGACGAUGAUGAUGUUUAUGUUCCUUCUCCAGAACAUGUCUCCGAUUCACAAUCUCCUCCAGGUGGUAAAAAGAAAGCUAGAGCUCGAAAGAAAGUCGUAUCUCCGAAGAUUCGUAAAGUUACACCGAAGAUUAAAAUGCCGAAGAUUGUGUUAAAGAAGAAACCAACAAAAGAAACCAAGAAACUACCAACACCACCACAUGAACCAACACCACCACAAUCACCAAUCCAAUCACCACCCUGA